UACCCGGCGUUCUCGGGUAUUGCCAUACCACGGUAUAGCCUAUACGAUACCUGGAUUAAAAACCCAGACGUACACAAGAGCCACUUUACACAGGUGUCAAACAAUAAAAAGACACACGACUUUUAAAACGAUCGGAAAUAUUUAUUGAAGUCUUGAAAAAUGACAACUGUUUCUGUUGAUCCGGUCCAACAAGGGGCAUAUCCAAUGAAGAUCCCCAGCUAUUCCUACCAGUACCCCUCUCACCGCAGGGUCCAGCUCGCGGCGGUGAAGGAGGGGCUCUUCCACCCCCGGCUGCCGAGCUUCAGGAGGAUGGACAUGGAUACGGCUGGGCAUAAGCUCCCUGACGAACAUUGCCGUACUACCACAUCCUGUGGACCAGUUGACUUUCAGAGAUCCACGUCCACGAUGAUGGAACCGCCAGUAAAGAAUAUGUCCGGUCUGGAAAUUACGUCAACAGGGAAACAGUUACACAAACACUAUACCACACCAGAGGAACUUAAGCGAGCCCGCACCGAGUGGUCAGAUUUCCUGAACAGGUCGCCAGAGAGAUUCAACAUCCAAUUACCUGCCCUCCCAAGUAGCAAAGAUCAGCGAUUCGUUGGGUAUGCUGUCCGAUACCUGAGACCGGAAAUCACCAAGUCGUGGAAUUAUACUUUACGCCAAGAACCAACUUUAGAUCACCACGGCCAAAGGCCAAUUCCGGCUAACAUCUAUGCCCGAUACAGGGACACCUACCCGCAGUACAGUAGGAACAUUGCUUCUGAAGCCUGGAGAUAAACCGUGAAGAUUCUUAAACGACAUAGAUCUGGUUCUGUCAUGUCAUUGUUAAAUAUCUUUGUUAUCACGGCGCAUAUUUGAUUCCUUCAGUAUUACAAACGAACGUUAUUUCUCAUUUUCCAUCAGUAUUAUUAAUUAUAGACAGUGUUUAUUAUUGUUAUUUCUAGAAACCGUGUUUGUUGAUUUUUUUUUAUCUUUAGAUAUUUAUGUAAUUGAAUAGUCUGUAUGUUGAUAGUUUUCUGUGUUUGCACUUUAAAAGUAUUAGAAUACGAAAGUAUUAGCAACCCAUCUUGCUCAAGAAACGUUUGUUCAGGCAACGAGCCAGCUUUUAAUAUAUGGCAUACAGUAUUAGCUUUGAUUGUGCUCAUAUUAUACAGAGUACAUAUAUAGAGAUCUAUAUUUGAUGUGUUUUCAUUAAAUCGUUAUUUCACCACA